AUGAGCUUCUCAACAAACAAGGGAAACAGAGAAAGAAAGAAUGGCUUCUUCACCUUGUGCACCUCACAUAGUCCUCUUUCCAUUCAUGUCCAAAGGCCACACCAUCCCAAUUCUCCACCUCGCCAGACUCCUCCUCCACCGCAACGCCACCGUCACCAUUUUCACCACCCCUGCAAACCAUCCUUUCAUCUCCGCUUCUCUUGCAAACACAAAUGCCUCCAUUAUCGACCUUCCUUUCCCUGAAAACAUUGACGAAUUACCUACCGGAGUUGAGAGCACCGACAAACUCCCUUCCAUGUCCCUCUUCGUGCCAUUCGCCAACGCCACGAAACACAUUCAACCUGACUUAGAAAAAGCAUUGGAAGCUCUCUCCAAUGUCACAUGCCUUAUAUCUGACGGCUUCCUCAGUUGGACCCUUGAAUCAGCAACCAAGUUUGGCAUCCCACGGCUUGCCUCUUACGGGUGGAGCUACUACUCCAUGUGUGUGUGCCGAGAAGUGGGCGUGAAUCGUCUACUUUCGGGACCCGAGUCAGACGAUGAAAUACUAACCGUGCCUAGCUUCCCGUGGAUCAAGCUCCGCAGAAACGACUUUGAUGAGCCCUUCAAUGUCCGAGAACCGAAAGGUCCUCACAUUGACUUUGUUAUGGAGCAAUCCAUUGCAACAGCAAAAAGCUACGGUAUAAUUAUGAACAGCUUCGAAGAGCUCGAGUCCAAGUUCAUAGAUUACUGGAACAAUAAAUGCGAACCCAAAGCGUGGACCGUAGGGCCUCUGUGCUUGGCAGAACAGCCAAGUAACAAACUUCAACCCUACCAGAACCCGAAAUGGAUGCACUGGCUUGAUAAAAAACUAGCCCAAGGAAGCCCGGUUCUCUACGUAGCAUUUGGGUCUCAAGCAGAGAUAUCUCCCAAACAGUUGCGGGAAAUCGCAAUUGGUUUGGAGGAAUCAAAAGUGAGCUUCUUGUGGGUUGUGAGGAAAAGUGGAUCAGAACUUGCUGAUGGGUUUGAAGAGAGAGUUAAGGAGAGAGGGAUUGUGGUUAGAGAAUGGGUUGAUCAGAGAGCAAUUCUAGGACAUGAGUGUGUUAAGGGGUUUUUGAGUCAUUGUGGUUGGAACUCGGUGAUGGAGAGCAUAUGCGCUAAAGUUCCAAUCCUGGCAUGGCCCAUGAUGGCAGAGCAGCAUCUGAAUGCAAGGAUGGUGGUGGAGGAGAUCAAAGUGGGGCUGAGAGUUGAAACUAGCAAUGGGUCUGUGAGGGGUUUUGUCAAGUGGCAAGGUUUGAAGAAAAUGGUGAGAGAGCUCAUGGAAGGUGAGAUGGGGAAGGGGGUGAGGAAGAAGGUGGGGGAGUUCGGUGAGGCUGCAAGGAAGGCUAUGGAGGAGGGAGGCUCUUCUUGGCACACAUUGAAUCAGCUCAUUGAUGAGUUGCAAGCACUAAGAGGUGAGAGUUUGAAGCUCUGGUCUUGAUGCAGAGUAAUAUAUACUUGUUGCUAGUUGUGAAGGAAUUUUUUCAGAGUUUUUAUUGCACGGAUAUACUAGCACAAAAAAUAGUUUUCUACUUACAAAUUGGGUAAUCCUUCAAUGGAGUUCUUUCUAUACAAGAUGGUGAUCAAGUUUCUGCAACCUGAUUGGAUUUGUAUGAACUUAGAAUAAAGAACUUGGAACCAUUGUUAGAAUUCAUACAAUUCCAUACAAGUUUCAAUAAAAAAACAAAAACGAUAUGGUUGGUGUUGUUGAAUGUGAAUCCUAAUUUGAGUGAAUUUUAUUAUUCCAUUGUGAUUCCUUACUA